AUGCAGGCAGCACUGGCGAUCGGAAUCAAACUCGGCUCCCUGAAGUUGCGAGUGCUGCUCUCUGCUGUGCUGCUCUUCUUGUCGUUUGUCGCAACUCAUCCCAAGGGCUGUUCUUUGCUACGUCAAGUGCAGAAGAAGGUGAGAAAACUUCCAAUUCCGGCACAUACUCAACUGGUUGAACUGAUGACAGUGAGUGAAUUCCGAGACAAUAUAAACAUGCACAUCAUUCCAUCUAAUGCUUUCCAGGGAUUAAGCACUGGGACAUUAAAUAUAAAGUUGAUUAAUAAUGACCUCACAGAAGUACAAAGUCAUGCAUUUAAUGGAACAGAUUUAGAUCAGCUUAAUCUCACAGGUAAUCAAAAUCUACAGAAAUUGCAUGAUGAUGUUUUCAUGGGAGCAACAGGACCAACAGUUCUGGAUAUUUCCAGAACCAGCAUUAAUGUGCUUCCAAUUCAUGGUUUGAAGUCUGUUAAGAAGCUCAUAGCUCAGUCCACCGUCAACUUAAAAAAGUUGCCACCUCUGGAUAACUUUGUAGAACUAAGAGAGGCAAGCAUGACAUAUCCGAGCCAUUGCUGUGCUUUUGAAAAUGAAAAUGCCAAGAAGCGAAAAGAAAUACAAUGGUCUGCAUUUUGUAACAAGCUGUAUAGCAACAUCAGUUUCUUGAGGGAAUUUGAGAUAAGUUCCUUGCAUUCGAAAAGAUCUUUGCAGAUGAACUCAUCAUUACCUCAACAAUAUGCCUUCCUUGAAAAUGAGGCAUGGUUUGACUUAAAUGAAGAUGAACCUUUUUUUGACUAUGGCUUCUGCACAAAUGUGGUUGAUGUGAUCUGUAAUCCAAAGGCGGAUGACUUCAAUCCAUGUGAAGACAUUGUGGGGAAAGACAUCCUGAGGGUCAUAAUAUGGCUGAUGAAUAUUCUUGCUAUUGUAGGGAAUGUCGCUGUUCUCAUAGUCUUAUUAACCAGUCACUAUAAACUUACAGUCCCACGAUUUCUCAUGUGUAAUCUGGCCUUUUCUGACUUUUGCAUGGGUCUCUAUUUGUUGCUUAUUGCUUCUGUAGAUAUCCAAACAAAAGGUCAGUACUAUAACUAUGCCAUAGACUGGCAGACUGGUGCUGGCUGUGCAUCUGCUGGGUUCUUCACUAUCUUUGCCAGCGAACUCUCAGUGUACACACUGACUGCAAUUACCCUGGAAAGAUGGCAUACUAUAACUUAUGCCAUGCAGUUGGACAGAAAACUCCGUCUGAGGCAUGCCAUUAUGAUUAUGAUUGGUGGUUGGAUGUUUUCAUUUACUGUUGCAGUGCUACCUCUUAUAGGAAUCAGUAAUUAUAGGAAAGUUAGCAUCUGCCUCCCAAUGGACAUCAAUUCCCCAGUCUCUCAAGCUUAUAUUAUUUUCAUUUUGAUUUUAAAUGUUAUUGCAUUUUUACUAAUUUGUUUUUGCUACAUUAAAAUCUAUUUAACAGUUCGAAAUCCCAACUUUAUUUCUACAAAUAGUGAUACAAAAAUCGCUAAACGCAUGGCUGUGCUAAUCUUUACAGAUUUCAUUUGCAUGUCACCAAUAUCUUUCUUUGCUAUUUCAGCAGCUCUGAAAGUUCCUUUUAUCACUGUGUCCAAUUCCAAGAUUCUCCUGGUUCUGUUUUACCCAAUCAAUUCUUGCGCCAAUCCCUUCCUGUACGCAAUUUUCACUAAGACAUUUCGCCGAGAUUUCUACAUUCUUUUAAGCAGGUUUGGCUGCUGUGAAAUGAAAGCACAGCUCUACAGAACAGAAACAACAUCAUCAAUUCACAAUUCCAAUGUGAGAAAUGGUGCUUUGGUUACUGCAUCACAGUUUGGUCAAGGGAUGGCUUACACAGAGCUUCUGGUAGCCAAUAAUCGCCAGCAGCAUGAAGCUCCAUCUCAGUUCUCAAGAGUAUCAUCAAACAGUUAA